AUGGCGUGCGAUGUCCUUCUCGGUGUCCGUGAACACCGGUUCACACAGCAGGCACCGGAAGCGUCCAUCCGAGUCUUGAUUCCAGUUGGUGGUUAUUGUGCGGGAGACGUCGGCAAGGGAGAGGUGGACGAGCCCGAGUACGAGGAGGUGGAAGAUAGGGAGGGUGUGGGUAAUGCCGUGGACGUAGAGGCUAUCGAUGCCAGGGAGAGCAAAGCAGCGCUUCCUCGGUUGCUUCUGUGGUGCCGCCACUGCAUUGACAUCGUCGACUCUUCGUCUAGUCCACCUGAGUCACCUGAGCAAGGGUUGGACACACUCGCAGUCGGCUGA